CUCAGAGUUUCCAUUUCUGGAUUUACAAUUGACGACUUUUGUGCGAAAAGAGUUUUGGACUCCAAAUUAGCGAAUAUAAUUGGAUAAUUUGGUGUUUAGUGACAAUUAAAAAAUUGAAAGCAUGAAAAAUCAAGAGAGUUCUGCCGAUUUUAACGGUCAUCAUGAGGCACAAAAGCGAAAGUGGCCGUACAGUGAAUCAAAUUCGUACACAAGUUACUCGGGUGACAAGAGUGUUAUCGCAAAAAAGAGCAUGAAUUCGUAUGAUUAUGACAAUUUCCAACCGCAUCAUCAGUAUAUCAUAUCGACUACAACGAAUGGGCAAGAACAACCAAACGAUGCGAACGAUGAUGGUUCAGUGAAUUGCCAAUCGUCGUCGGCGGCACAAAUGCUCAGCACAAUGGAAAUCAGUGAAAAUAUUGAAUAUGUGAAUAUUUUGUACGAAGACGAUUUGCUGACGAGCAUUCAAGCGCCGGUGGCUACGGAAACAAAUUACAUAAAUUUCGAACCGAAUUGGGGCAAUGCUGAUAUUUUGGAUCUAGAUCAAAGACAUUAUUACUAUGAAACAAGCAACACAAACACCGUUCAUCUCAAUCAUUUGAACGGUGGACAAUUGUCACAGCAGAACGAACAAGACACAUCAAUUCAUAUACAGCAACAACAACAGCAGCAGCAUCACCAACAAAUGACCCAUAAUGAGACACAAACAAAUCUUCAACUUGCCGAACAAAUAGCAAACAAUCACAUUCACAACGUUACCGAAUAUGAAAUCGUACAAAAUGUCUACCCAGACACAGAAAAUGGAAUGGACCAAUCUACAUCUAAUUUACCCAUUCACGACGAUUCGGAAGACAAGAAUCUGUCAUGGUUAUAUAAUUAUAAAUUGAACGAAUUGCCGCAUCUUUCACCCGAAGUGAAUCGAUCACGCACCGAAACUGGGUUACAAGUUGACAAAUUGAUUCAAGAAGCGACCUCAUGUGAAAUCGAACCGUCCAACACUGAUGCGAACACCGUUGACAAUCCAGCUAGUUUACCAAAAAAGCCACCAUUUACAUACACGGAGCUAAUUGAAUACGCCCUGGAAGAUAAAGGCGAAUUAACUGUAUCAGGAAUUUACAAUUGGAUAUCAGACCGUUUUCCAUUCUAUAAAUCGAAUGAUGACCGUUGGAAAAAUUCGGUGCGGCAUAAUUUGUCAAUAAAUCCGCAUUUUCGAAAGGGCAACAAAGCUCCGCAGGGCGCUGGUCACUUAUGGAUCAUCUCAACGCGUGAUUCGGAGGCUAAUUUGCUUGCCUGGGAACAUAAAAAGCAAAGACUGGAACUGUUCUUCAAAAUGGAAAAGACAUUUGGCCAAACCGAAGAGACAAACAAUGAACAAGUGCCACAAACAUAUGACGAAACAUCAGCUGCUGUUGCCAAUUUGACGACGAUAUUAGAGCGUCCAAAGACGCCGGGAGGAAUGAUUGACGUUCAAUACCAAAAGACGAUGCAUGCCAAUAGUAGCCAGAAUCGCGAGGAUGAUCUGAAGAAAAGUGCUGGCGAAAUACUUAACGGUGUGAAGCGAACCGUUGAAGUUCAAGUGCUCAAUCCAAAUACAUUUAAUUUCCAAGAUCAAACAAUACUUGAUUUCCCCGACUACUUGAACCCAGUACCAAAGGAUCAAAUCGUUCACGAGUGUGGUCUACGGUCAUCACGUAACAAUAAUAAUGAUUUUUGCAGCGAAUACUUUGCUGCAAGUGAUAUGGAACCGAUUGAAUUGGGCAUCAAUAUGAAUACAAGCGCUGACAACGACGAUGAUGGCCUCUUUGGAGAUGAGUUUAAUCUAAACUAUUUCAUCACACCGGGAAGCAAUAUCAUGACCUGAAGAGUGUGGUGGUGCCUUACACACAGAAAUAUUACAGAAAAAACAAAAAAAAAAUCAAGAAAUUGUUUAAGUGAGUGUUUUUUUUUUCAUUUCGAAUAAUGUGCAACACGGCGAACUAUGUGAAAAUGCCUCGUCAGCAGCACCACCAUCACGAGUGAGUUACAAGUGGUCAAGUGUUUUUUUUUUUCAUUACUAACGUGUAAUUUACGAACAUCGCAAAUAUUCGCAUGUAUUUAUUACAACAAUAAUUUAUGGUGUAAUGAGCAAUUGGAAUUUAAAUGUUUGAAAGUAAAUUUUGCGGCGGGCAAAAGAUAUUGAGCCGAUUCCAUGCUAUUUCUUCAAACGAUAAAAGAGAUUUAUGACCUUUUUAAUUGGAUAUGUUUUUGUUUUUUGUGUUUUGCUUAACGAUGAGGAUUUGUGUCCCAACCAAAGACGCGAUGAGUUGAGUAAAAUUAUGAGUAUAAAUUAUCGUUUCAUUGCCCAAUUUUUUAUUUUGAUGAUUGACAACGAAUAUGAGCAUUCUGCGAGUGAAGCCCAUCAAAGAAGCAAUCGGCAAGGUGAUAAGUACUACCACAAUUAUAACCAGCGACGUGCUCUCACAUCACGAACGUCAAAUGAGAGAGAGAGAGAGAGAGAGAGAGAGAGAGAGAGAGAGAGAGAGAGAGAGAGAGAGAAAGAGAGAGAGCACACAUUUAAAAGCUAAUGGAUUGAACCUCAAUGACUUAACAAUCAUCGCGCUUUUGCGGUUGCAUUCUUGUAUGGUUUUUUUUAAAUGGUUUUCAUCUGCAGGCGUAUGCGCCUCUCUUGCGCGUAUGAUGCAACAAAAGUAAUUGCAAUUCAAACCUUUUAUUAAAUCUAAUAAUUACGAUAUGAACUCGGGAUGGAAAAUGAAGAGGGAAAAAACGGUAAACCAAAGUGAUCGACGCAGCAAUAUUGGCCCUUGCAAUUAAUAUAUUAUUUCAGCGGCUUAAAAUCUAAUUGAUUUGAAAUCAUUGAUUGCAUUCAAAAGUGUUAACGCAGACUUAUAGCGAUUGUAUUUCAAUUGAAAACAUAGAAAUUCCAAAAGGAAAAUAUUAUUUAACAUUUUAUUUAUGGAAAAAAAAAGAGUUUUUUUUUCUCAUUGUUCAUAAAAUCAAACAGUCAUUUGGCAAAUGGUUGCUGACAAAGAGACUCUAGCACGAACACAAAAUCCUCCGUAAUUAUUAGCAAAAAUGUUGAAAUAUCUAACCACUCACACGCAUCCGCCACUGUUUUUACAUCGGUUCAAACGCCUUUCGAAGAAUUUCAACGUUGCGCGUUUUUCUCAAUCAGACAACAACAGACAAAAAAAAACGAUAUUUUUUUCUCAAUUAUACAAUUUUCCUCUGUUAUGUAAACAUAUUGUUCUUAACCGACGAAUAAUAAUCUGUUUGUAAAUGAAUAUCGCGGAAACAUGAUGUAAAGUAAUAGUGAAUGAAUGCGAGGGGGAAGUAGUUAUUUCGAAUUUUUUUCUGCAAACACAAGUAUUAAGAUUCUUUGCGAAUGUUUUAUGAAUGGAUUCAUGCACAUUCAUUCAUUAUGUUUAAGAAUCUUGUCAUUUGUCAGAAAAACCAGUAUUUGAUGUUAGAUUUAAUGGUCAUUAAGAAAUUAUUUAAAAUCCAUAUAGUCAUAGAUUUAGUUCGAAAUACGAUGAUGUAAUAUGUUUGUUUCACAUGCCAUUACCCAUUAACUUAUUCAAAAUCAUUUUUAAUAAAGAAAUUACAUGUGCCGCUGAAAAAUUCCGUCUGUAUUCUUAGUCUAUUGAAAAGUGAGUCUACGAUCUUUCCAAAAUCUCUUGGUUCUAACUAUUCACCAAA